UGCGUAUACUAACCUCGUUGAAUAAUAAUCCAAAAUAUUUGUAAAAAAUCAAUAAACAAACUAAAACUAAUUUAUUUUACAGGUUUUCUAUUUAAAAUGUGCUUUUUGAAGUCCAAGAGUGUCUAAGUGGAGUGAUGAUAAUUGGAAGCAUCGGUGUGGGCCUUUUUGUCCUUAUAAUCCUGUGGAUAUUGACGCUUAUCAUUUUCGUUGUUGGGAUAAAGUACCAAAAUAAUAUCGCCUGGAUUAUCCUAAUUGUGACAACAAUUUUAACAAUUACACUGAUCAUUAUUCCACUUGAGGAUCCUAAAACACCUAUUGAAGGGGGUGACAGUUUCGAGAAAGACUACAAAUUUGUUUAUCGUGUGAUAUUGCUGUCAUUUCUAAUAGCAAGUGCCUUUUUGGGUUUCAUCUUCUUCUUCCUCCUCCACUGUGUCGAGCGGAUUCAACCCAAAGCAAUUAAACAAUUUCAUAUUUCCUCACAAUGA